AGAGAGAGAGAAGUGAAGUGAAGUGAAGCGCCGAUCAACAAGAGCGAAAGAGAAUGUCGUCGUGGAGAGGAAAGCGGAAGGACGAGGAUGAGAGUGUCGCUGAUGCCCACGCGCCCCCCAAAAAGACCGCCAAAAGAGACUCCUCCUCUGAUGACUCUUCCGAGGACAUCGUCGUCUGCGAGAUAUCGAAGAACAGGAGAGUGACGGUGAGGAACUGGAAUGGGAAGGUUAUUGUGGACAUUCGCGAGUUCUAUGUCAAGGACGGCAAGCAGUUGCCUGGGAAGAAAGGCAUCUCACUACCGAUGGAUCAGUGGAAUGUUCUUCGGAGUCAUGUGGAGGAGAUUGACAAUGUUGUUAACGAGACUGCUUAGAAAUGUCUUUCGUGGUAAAAAAAAAAAGUUAGCUUGCAAGGUAGUUUUGUUUAGGCUGUUAACACAGUAACCGUGUGUGACAUUCUGUAUCUGCCUAGAGUUGAAAACUGUAUGAAGAUCAAUGACUAUGCUUUGGAAUUAGACUUCAGCUUCUUAUUCAUGUAUGCAAGUACUUGAUCAACUAUCUUAAGUAUUAGGUUACACAUGGACUGGUCUGACAGUGUUUAUAGUUUGCUGCCCAUUAAAGCUGACACAUAAUGCUUUUGAAAAUCUCCACUGCAUAAUGUUUGUGUAAGAAAACACCUCGGUGAAAUUUUGUAUAAAUUGGACACAAAUAUUGGAUUUACAAUGAAGAGAAUCAUUUUAGU